UUUUAAUUGCCUGUAUAGAAAGAACACAAAAAAUAAAGGACUGCUCUAUUGUCUUCAAGUGAUAAACUAGCCAUGGGUCUCCUUGUUUUAUUCGUAUUUGCAGGAUGCCUGACAUUGUCAAGUGCCGUGUCGUGCUAUACCUGCAGCGAGAAUAAUGUGCCUUUUGAUGAGCUAGAAGGUGUCUUUGAGUCGACCAACUGCUCAGCACCCAGCCCAACCGACGAUUUCGUCGACAUUGACAGAAACUGCACUGGAACUUGUGUCACGAGACUAUCGCUGUCGUCUCAAAAUUACGACAUCAAUCGGUAUUGCUAUGAGGGUACCCCGUCACAAAUUGCGUCACAAUGCAAUCAAAGCUGCACAAGUCCUUCUAAUUGUCGACAAUGUUGUGACACCGACUUGUGCAACAGUGAUUCUGUAGAUGAUAUCAUCUCUGAGCAACGAAUGGGCCAAACAUGUUACGAAUGCCGUCACAGCGAAAUACCAUACACCGGUAAUUUUAACCCCGGUUGCGGAUUAAGCUUCGACUUUACCGGGGAAGGAGUGAGGUACUCAUUUUGCCAGGGUCUAUGUUAUAGUGCUGUCACUUUCAUUGAGGGUGUUGAAGAUGUCCAGCGGGGGUGCAGAAGCCGGGGAGCCAGUUGUGACUAUGCCAACCACCCUUACCUGGAAGACAAGAGCGUCCGUAUCAAUAGUCUGGAUUAUAACAUGAAGUGCUGCCUAGGCUCACUCUGUAACAGCGGUCACUUCGUUGGUCCGUCUGGUGGCGUGAUCGUGCUUGUCAUUUCCUUGGCACAAAUCCUCUUUGCCCUGGCGCUCUGAUUUUACUUUGCUUUUAUAGGUGUUUCAUUUCGUUUCGUUUUAUUCCAUUUCUAACAAUUACAAAAUUUACUUUCUGUCUUGCAUUUCGAAAUUAUGAGUAAACUUUUAAAAGAUAUUUAGAUAUUUUAGAUAUUUUGUUUUAUUAUUCAUAAUGCAAUCAGGUACAAACGGAAAUUCAAAUAAAAAAUACAUAGGCCUACAUAGUUACCAACGAUGUAUAUAGCAUUUCCAUUUAUUUGAGUUUAGGGGAAAAACUGUCGAUUAAAUGCAUGCUAGUGUAGAGGUACCCGUGGACGGAGAUCGAAACCUGGACUUUCCAGACUUUAAAGUAUAUCAGCCAACUAGCGCUGCCUCUCGGCUAAGGCACUCUCUGACAGUAAGCAAUUUAGUGGAAACAUUGAUUACGUUAACAAAAAGAAUGAUAUUAAUGCAAUAGGCUGGUGGUGAGUUGUAGGAGGCUACUAAAAAAUACGAACUUGUAGUGCAGCCUCAUGACUGUUAAAAGCAUUAUUAUUAAGUAUAUCCAAUAGGCGUUUGCAAUGAUACAUAGGCGGAUCCAGGGGGGGCAGGGGGCCGCCCCCUAUUGGCGGAGCAAACAAAAAAGAAUAAAGCGGGGAAGAA